AUGUACUCCCCUCGAUUUACCUCCCACGGUACCGUGCAUCUUUGCUUGAUAUUCCCCGGAGUACACACGGCCGGUCGUCAAGAGGUCGUCAAGACAUGGUCACAGCUUGAAACACCCACUAGCAACCGACGGCACCACAAGUAUGGCAUUGUCGUAGGAGAUAAUCUACCCAGCAGAGUCUCGCUUGCCCAAAUUCCAGCUGAGACGCAUCAGGAUAACUGA